AUGAAUGAAUCUAAUAUAGUUCUUGAGGAAAUUAAACAGAAAUGUGGAAGAGUAGAGGAGCAAGUUGAUUUAUUGAAAAAAAAACUAAGACUUAUCUAUCAAGGAGAGGCUUUUAACGGAAGAACUACCAAGAGAGCUCGCUCUCAUGGCAAAAAGUUCCAAAUUUCAAUCAAGCAAGAAACUGCAAGAUUAUUGGGAAACUUGGGCUGGGCCUACAUGCAAAAGACAAACUACAAGAUGGCUGAAGUAAUUUUCAAGAAAGCCCAAAUGAUAGAUGCUGAUGCCAACAAGGCUUUAAACUUGGCCUUAUGCUUAAUGAGGCAAUCUCGUUAUGAAGAAGCCUAUUCAGUUCUUGAACAAGUUUUGCAAGGAAAGCUUCAAGGAUCAGAUGAAAUCAAGUCUCAAAAUAGAGCUGAGGAAUUGCUCAUAGAAUUGAAUGCAAACAUACCACAACCUAAGUUUAUGGAUGAUUUAGGACUUGAUGAUGAUCUUGUGAAGGGAAUUGAUGGAUUGCUUAAUGUAUGGAGUCCAAUUAGGUCAAGAAGACUUCCUGUCUUUGAGGAAAUAUCUUCCUUUAGGGAUCAAUUGGCAUGUUAAUAUGUUUUUAAUUUCUUCUGCUGUAGUAUAUAUUGUAUUAAGUCUAGGGUUUUCUGUUUAAUUUUCUGUUUUUCCUUUGCUCUUUUUCUCAAUAAAAUGGUGUGGAGAAAUAUAUAAUAAGGUUUGC